GCGGGAGCGGAGGGUCCCACGGGGAGGGGAGCUGUCCCUGCCCGGAGCGGUACCGGGAUGGAGCUGUCCCGAUAUCGGACUCUCCCGGCCCCACGAGUGGCUUCGGCGCCCGGGGCUGCGGGGAGAGCACGCGCGCGUGUGUGCAGAGGUUACGACUCCACAGGAGAGCGCACCGAGGCCGGCGGGAGGGACCUGCGGUGCUGCCUCUGCUCCCGUGUCACAGCAUCCGCGAUCACUCAGUGGGUGUGGGGCGUUGUGCGUGACAGACUGAACGCUCCUUGGUUCAAUGUCUUCAGGGAAAUCAGCCGUGUGGAAAUUAAAACUGAAAUUCUAUAAACUUCUCUAACUAUUAGCUCAACACAUUGUAAAUCAUAUAUCGUUAAUAAAUUCAUAGUCUAGUUACAGUGUUUCUGAUCAAGUACCUUGUGGUUUCCAUCUCCCCCCCGUUUUUCUUUGGUUAGCACAAGGUAAGAAACUUUGGGUGGUGUUGCUUUAAAAGCAGAUGUUGAUGGGAAGUCUUUAGAUGAGAGAAAUGCUUUGGUUUUACAAAAGUCCUGACGCGUAUGGGCGAUGUGUGUGGUGGGAUGGAUUGGAUUUGUGCUGGCCAGAUGUAAUGGGACAGUUUCUUUCCAGUAUCUCAUGGGAAAUGUUUUUAACCUGGGGUUUGCACGGCACUAUGGUGCACUUUGUUCUGAAUCUCAGCUUGAGGUUUCUUGUGUUAAAAUAAAUAAAGUAGCUUUGCAAGUCUAACCCAAUCCACUUGUGUAUCUUAGUUUAUAGCUUUUAGCCAGAGGUCAACUUCUUACUGUAUUUGUUCUUUGGAAAUGGUGUAUUUGGCUGGGCCCUGUUUUUAGCACUGCAAUAUAAACAGUAACCACUCAAUACAGUUAUUCAAGGGUGCUAUUUAUUUGAUGUUUCAAUUUACUGCUAAAACCUUCAAUUACCGUUUUUGAAUUGAUUUCUUAGUUAAGUUUACUUGAUAUGCUACUUAUUUUUUCCUUGACACUGUUUAAAUGAAAUGUUGUUGUAAUAAAUGUAGCUGUAUUACUAAAAAAAGAAUUUUUCCUCGCUCUUCUUUGCUGACACUUAUAGCUAUCUUUAACUUCAGAUAAGGACAAAAUGUCCUCUAGAGGGAGAUCUUGUUGCUUUUAUGUGCUAAAAUGUUGGUCACCUUGUUCCAGUUAAAUGUUUUGAUCACCUAUCUUGGAAAGGAUAUAUGAUGAUGAAUGUGUGUACUUCUGCUCUGGAUCUGUGCUUGGAAAUUUCAUAACAGGAUACAGAAUAUAAUAACCUGUCAUGUAACACGUCUGUAGGUUAAGUGAAACAUAGUUGUUUUACUUCAAAUAGGUUUAAUUCUGAAGUUAAAUGAAUAAUGUUUACAAGUUCCAGAGUGCUACUCCUGCAGGAGAAUUUGUAGGACUUACAUUUGUGGCAUCAAUUCUGCAAAAGCUUACAAAGAUACUGACUUUCAUGCAUCACUCUCUUUUUCAUCAAGAUGCUUUUGAGGGCAGUUCCUUUACUGUCGUAAACCAAGAAUUUCGGUAGCUGCUCUGAAAGUGUUGUGGGUUAAAUCUCUUCAGCAUAAUGAGUGCUAACAGCUGGGCAAGGAAACAAAGCAGAAAUAAAAUGUCCCAUUUGAUUGAUCUUGGCAGUACUUUCUGCCUAUAAACAGCAGAGGUUGAAAUAUUACUUUGCAGACACAUCAAUUGUUUGAAUGUAGUUAACUCUAUAUUCCACAUGCUCAAUCCAAAUUACUGGAAGAAUCCUGGUGGGAUUAUUAUGAGGGUGAGUUAUUCAGAAUGUUACAUAUGCAGCCUCAGCAUGAGAUUUUUCUCACAGACACAUUGAAAAACCUUAUUCCACAGUAAAAGCAUCUGUGCUCUUAUUUUUCUGUAAGUAAAUGCAAAUAGUGAUUUUGGUAUAGUUUCUGUUAUGUCUGUUGUGUAAAACUAAAGGCUGUGUGGAACUUACUCAAUGGAUAUGGUUGGAAAAUUUUCUCAUACUGCAACAACUGCCGAAUGGGUCAAAAAUGUGUUCACUUUUUUAGUUGCCAGUUGAACCCCUACACACUUCUUUCAAGUCCUCUGUACUGUUAAGAAAUAGAUAUUGUCAGGCUGACUCCAAAAUAGUUGUAGUAUUUGUAUUCUUAUAAAUGUACAUACCAAACCACUACAUAAUUAAUUACUUUUGUGUGAGGAGAAGUAAUACUGCAAGUAAGGUAAAGUGAUUUGCAUUAUUUAUAUUGCAAGAUUGUUUUCAUUUUCAUACUCUUUUUCACUGUUUUAUUGUAUGCAAAUACACUUCUGCAGUGCAUUAAAAAUGUAUGCAAAGGGCUUGGAGGCAAAUGGUGUUGUGUAAUUGAAGGUACAGAUGUGUUUUAAUAGAGGAAUAAAUGCCAUUGAGAAAUAGGAAUAAAAGUUUGAUGUUUUUUGUUAAGAAAGGCAUAUUUACAUCCCUAAGUUACUUAUAUUGUAGACUCUUUAAUGAACUGUGCUCUGAAUAAUCAAUUCUUUAUUUUAGAUCAUAAUUUUGGAGGAUUGCAGCACUGAGAUCUCUGGAGUCUGCUGUGUGUAGCCAUAAUGAGUUCGUCACUGGUUGCUUAUGAAGAUUCAGACUCUGAGACAGAAACUGGGAAGACUGAAGUCCCCCAAGCUUUUGGCACACAAAUAAGCUCUCAGAGGUCUUCUGUGAGUUGUGGUCAGCACUUUGCACCUGGUAGUUUGGGUACAAAAUCUACAUAUGAAAUGCACCCUACGGAGAACAGUGGCAGUUCUGGCACAAGCACUGUUUGUGAAGAUCUCCCUGAGCUUUAUGCACAGAAUAAUAACACUGACUUGACAUCUCCUUAUUCUAGGAGGGCAUACCCUGGCCAUGCUGCAUUAUCUAUGCCUUACAGAAACUAUGAACAGACCUCAAGCUCUUCAGCAAACUCUGGAAAUGGCGUUUCCCAGAAGAGAAUACAUAAAGACAGUGCUACUACCAUAAAAGGAAUUAGACCAUAUAUCCCCAAACGAUUGCGUCAAGAAAGUUCCAGUACGCCCAAAACAAAGGAACCUGAUCAGAGAGGUAGCUCAGACUGUGAUGUUAAACUGGGUGUAUUGGGAGAGCAGACUUCGAGAAAGAUCUCUGAAUUAAUUAAGCCAUAUUUGGGAUCCAAAUAUAAAUCAACUGAAGUCCCCAAAAGCUUAAUAUUUUAUAUGUCUAAACACAGUGGCCCUGUCAAUGAAAUCCAGUGGUGUCCUGUACGGGAACAGAGUCACAUGCUUCUCUCAGCUUCUAUGGACAAAACAAUCAAGGUAUGGGAUGCUGUAGAUACAGGCUGCUGUUUAAAAACAUACUCCUGUCACUCCUGUGCUGUUCGAGCUGCCCAGUGGUCGUCUUGUGGAAGAAGGAUCCUCAGUGGGGGCUUUGAUUCCACACUGCAUUUAACAGAUAUAGAAACAGGGAAGCAGAUAUUUAGCAGCAAAACAGAGUUUAGGAUCAGUGCACUCAAGUUUCACCCUACAGAGUCAAAUAUUUUCCUUUGUGGAGGAUUCAGCCCAGAAGUUAAAGCUUGGGAUAUAAGGACUUCUAAGGUGUUAAGAGUGUACAAAGCUGCAGUACAACAGACUUUGGAUAUACUCUUUCUCCCUGAAGGAAGAGAGUUUCUUACAAGCACAGAUGCAGUAAGCCGAGACUCAGCUGAUCGUACCAUCAUUGCAUGGGAUUUCCAAAGUGCUGCAAAAAUCUCCAACCAGAUUUUUCAUGAGCGUUACACUUGCCCAAGUCUGUCUCUGCACCCAAAAGAGUCUGUGUUUGUUGCUCAGACAAAUGGAAACUACAUGGCUUUGUUUUCUGCACAGCGACCAUACCGGAUCAACAAAAAGAAAAGAUAUGAAGGACAUAAGGUGGAAGGAUUUGCAGUGGGCUGUGAAUUUUCUCCAGAUGGAACACUUUUGGUGACAGGAAGUUCAGAUGGCAAAGUGUUUUUCUACAACUAUCAUACUUCUAGGAUUAUUCGCACUUUGUCUGCACAUAAAGAAGCUUGUGUGAGUGCAAUAUUUCACCCAGUCUUGCCAUCACUCCUUGCAACCUGUGAUUGGGCUGGAGAAAUCAAGAUCUGGCAAUAACAAGGAGGGUUAAUUUUCAGGAUGUCUUCUGUUAGUCUGUCAAAGGCUUAGGAAAUAAACCAGGUUAUGCAAUGUGAAUUUUUGUUGUGAUGUGUUGUAAGCAGGAGAGAGAGUCUUUUCUACUAUGACCUCUAAGUGUAUGCUUUCAUAAUGCGGUGAAGAUGGUCUUGUGGUUAACUGCUGAGCAAAGAAGUGGUCCUACUGUCUCCCUCAGCCCUGGUGACAAAUUUCUGACCCUUUCGUGUCAAUCUUCUGGUGCUCGUCUAAUCCAACCCUGGUCUGAGCUGGCAGAAGAGCUUGCCAAGCUGUUCUCCAUCAUCUCUCAACAGUCCUGGCUUGCUGGGGAGGUCCCAGAUGAUUGGAAGUUGGCAAAUGUCACGCCGAUCCACAAGAAGGGCCGGAAGGAGGACCCGGGAAACUCCAGGCCCAUCAGCCUGACCUCAGUGCUUGGCAAGGUUAUGGAGCAGAUCAUCCUAGGUGCAAUCACCUACAGGAUGGACAAGGGAUCAGACCCAGCCAGCUCAGUGUUUAGGAAGGGCAGGUCCUGUCUGACCAACCUGAUCUCCUUUUAUGAUCAGGUGACCCACCUAGUGGAUGAGGGGAAGGCUGUGGUCUACCUGGACUUCAGCAAGGCCUUUGACACUGUCUUCCACAGCAUUCUCCUGAAAAAGCUGGCAGCCCACGGCUUGGACAGGGGCACCCUGUGCUGAGUUAGGAACUGGCUGGAGGGCCGGGCCCAGAGUGGUGGUGAACAGGGCUGCAUCCAUUUGGUGGCCAGUCACUAGUGGUGUCCCCCAGGGAUCAGUGUUGGGCCCAGUCCUGUUUAAUAUGAUCUGGAUGAGGAGACUGAGUCCACCAUCAGCAAAUUUGCAGAUGACACCAAUCUGGGGGGUAGUGUCGAUCAGCUGGAAGGCAGGAGGGCUCUCCAGAGGGACCUGGACAGGCUGGAGAAUUGGGCUGAUUCCAACGGGAUGAGGUUCAACAAGGCCAACUGCUGGGUCCUGUACUUUGGUCACAAGAACCCUGCAGUGCUACAGGCUGGGGACAGAGUGGCUGGAGAGCAGCCAGGCAGAAAGGGACCUGGGAGUUUGGAUUGACAGGAAGCUGAACACGAGCCAGCAGUGUGCCCAGGUGGCCAAGAAGGCCAAUGGUAUCCUGGCCUGUAUCAGGAACAGUGUGGCCAGCAGGACCAGGGAAGUGAUUCUUCUCUUGUACUCAGCGCUGGUGAGGCCACACCUGGAGUGCUGUGUCCAGUUCUGGGCCCCUCAGUUCAGGAAGGACAUUGAGGUGCUGGAGCAGGUCCAGAGCAGAGCAACCAGGCUGGUGAAGGGACUACAGCACAAGUCUUAUGAGGAGAGGCUGAGGGAGCUGGGGUUGUUCAGCCUGGAGAAGAGGAUGCUCAGGGGAGACCUCAUCACUCUCUACAACUCCCUGACAGGAGAUUGUAGCCAGGUGGGGAUUGGUCUCUUCUCUCAGGCAACUAUCAGCAAGACAAGAGGGCAUGGUCUUAAGCUGUGCCAGGGGAGGUUUAGGUUGGAUAUUAGGAAGAAAUUCUUUAUAGAGAGGGUAAUCAGGCACUGGAAUGUGCUGCCCAGGGAAGUGGUGGAUUCUCCGUCCCUGGAGGUUUUUAAGAUGAGACUGGAUGUGGCACUCAGUGCCAUGGUCUAGUAACCAUGGCAGUGUUGGAUCAAGGGUUGGACUUGGUGAUCUCAGAGGUCCUUUCCAACCUGUCUGAUUCUAUGAUUCUAUGAUUAACCCAGCACACAAGUCCACCACUAAAUCACAUUUCAAAGUGUCACAUCUACAAAUCUUUUAAAUACCUCCAGGGAUGGUGACUCAACCACUUCCCUGGGCACCCUGUUCAAUGUAACGACUCUUUUGCCGAAGAAAUUUUUUCUACUAUCCAGUCUAAACCUUCCCUUUCAGAACUUGAGGCUGUUUCCUCUUGUCCUCAUCAAAAGUUGAGGACAUACUAUUUAACAGAAGAUGAUGUUCAGAUCAAUUAAUGCCUAUUUCAUCUUCCCGGGAUUUUUUUUCCCACUGCUUUAAACUAGUUUAGCUCCCUGACCUGAUCACUGAAGGGUUAGAGUAGCAAUACUUUUAUGCACAAGAAGGGGGAAGAUCACAGAGCACGUGGGACUGCUUCUUCUGGGUAUGGGUAGUCUCUUAUCAGCUCAACUUACUGUAAAAUGCCUUCUGAGGGUUUUAGAAAAAGGUGUGGCAGACGACUUGAACCAAAUAUUGAAGUAAAUUCAUUUGUGUUUUUGAAAUCCUGAUGUUUAAACUUCAAUGUACGACUGUAUAUAAACAAAAUGAAACUAUGUACAAAUAUUUUUGAGGAACAAUAAACUUUGUUUUAAUACAUUA